AUGGCACACGGACAAAAGAGCCCCAGGUGGGCAUUAACCCAGGGCUCCUUCAGCUUGGCACUGGGCCUGUCGCCCUUCUCCCUCCUCCUCCUCCUCCUCCUCACCGUCUCGGCUGCAGACGAGUACGACUACUACAGCUGGCAAUCGGACAACUUCCACAACGGCCGCUUCUACACUAAGCAGCCCCAGUGUGUGGAGAUACCAGCUGACCUGCGCCUGUGCCACAAUGUGGGCUACAAGAAGAUGAGGCUGCCCAACCUCCUAGAUCACGAGACCAUGCCAGAAGUGAAGCAGCAGGCGGGCAGCUGGGUGCCCCUCCUGGCCAAACGGUGCCAUGCUGAUACCCAGGUAUUCCUGUGCUCUCUGUUUGCACCGGUGUGCCUGGACAGGCCCAUCUAUCCCUGCCGCUCGCUUUGUGAGGCCGUGAGGGACAGUUGUGCUCCGGUGAUGGAGACCUAUGGCUUCCCCUGGCCGGAGAUGCUGACCUGCGAUAAAUUCCCCAUUGAUAACGACCUUUGCAUCCCCAUGCAGUUCACUGGGAACCAGGCGACCCAGCCACCAGUGUCGAAGGUGUGCCCUCCGUGUGACAAUGAGCUGAAAGCAGACAACAUCAUGGAGCAUUACUGUGCCAGUGACUUUGCCCUGAAGAUGAAAAUCAAGGAGGUGAAGAAGGAGAAGGGUGACAGGAAGCUGAUAGCGGCACAGAAAAAGAAGAAAGUUUUGAAGCAGGGCGUGCUCAGGAAGAAGGACCUGAAGAAGCUGACGCUCUACAUCAAGAAUGGCGCCAACUGCCCGUGCUCCCAGCUGGACAGCCUGGGCUCCAACUUUCUCAUCAUGGGCCGCAAAGUAGACCAGCAGCUGCUUCUUAUGUCCAUACACAAGUGGGACAAGAAGAGCAAGGAGCUGAAGUUUGCCAUCAAGUACAUGAAAUCCCAUCAGUGUCCCACCUACCACACAGUCUUCCAGUGACGCGGUUCACUGUGCUGUCCGCAGAAUCCAUCAUCACUCCUCACAUUCCACCCUGUUCCGCAUAGAUCCUAAUUUCUUGUUUCAAUUAUACAUCCCUGAACCCGAGAUCCCUGCAAAAUCUGUUACCAGCCCACUAUAAAGUCCUAUGAGGAGUUGCAAGGUAGUCAAGAAUUUUAUUUUCUCAGCUUUAACAUGAAUUAGGUAGCCAUGGAGGUCAUUCUGAUAUGCUUAUAUGAAUCAGAUGUAUUAAUGUUUAAGAUGGGAAAAGCUGCACUCUCUGCCUUACAUACAUGCCUGCCCAUAAGAGCUCCAAAGAAACCACUGAUUUUAUAACAGCAUGAUAUGAUUUUAAU